CUGCAUCUCAAAGUUGAUUUUCGUCUCAAACUUGUCUGUUUCUUUUGCAAGUAUCAGUCCAUUGUCUCAGAUUUAAUGGUUCAUGCAUUUUCAUACCAAUUGCGUCCCGUCUCCUUCCUUUCUUCAUCGAUCUUCUACUGAAAUACAUUCUAUGCCUGAUUACCGUUUUACACUAAUUAUGUGGAUAUAAGUAAUCCAAAUCCCACAACUACUAUGAAUUUGCUAUUCAUCUUGUUGUGCUAAUGAGAUAUAGCAACUUAGACUGUUACAUAUAUAUGCCUAGUCCUACGUUGUAAUUGACUGACUAAACCGUAGUCCUAAACAUUAACCAAUACAAAAAUGAAUGAUCAUCAGAUAUCUUAUUUGCUUUGUCUAUUAAUCACUAUAUUAUCAAUAAAAUCACAUAUGGUCCCCAUUUACAUUUUUAUCAUUUUAGAUGUUUGUUUUAGGUACUUCAAAUUUAUCCCAUUGGCCUAAUAGUCUUAUAAAUUUAUCUAUUCAAUGUCGUCAAUUCACAAGAUUAUUAUUUCAAUAUAUGAUAUUCAAAUCAAAUAAACAAUUUCCUUGUUGUUAUUUCAAUUCUAAUAGUAUAUGUACAGAUUUAAUAAAAUGUAUACAAAUGAAUAAUAUAGAAAAGAAUUAUCUAUUAAAAUUAUCAAAAAAGAAAUCAUAUGAACUUAAACAAAUAUCGAUACUUAUUCAAACAAUCUUAUUAUCAGUUGUGAAUAGUACUACUACGACGACGACUACCACGACGACGACGACGACUACUGCGACGACGACGACGACGACGACUACUACUACUACGACGACGACAACAACGACGACUACCACUAAUAGUAAUAAUAAUAAAAAUAAUGAAGUUGUUAAUUCUUCACAAGAUAUAUUCCACUUUAAUGAAUUUCUACUGAAUAAUGAACAUAUUAGUGAUCAUUUUCAAAAUAUUCCUUUAAUCAGUAAUGAAUUGAUAGAAAAUAGUAUUAUGAAAGAUCGAAAUUCAAGCAUCCCACUUAAGAUUGUUGAUAUUGGUUCUGGAUUAGGCUAUUUAUCUAAUUAUAUUGGUUAUCAUCUAAUACUUAAAUAUGGGGAUUUAUUUACAGAACCUCAAAUUAUUGCAGUUGAAUGUGAUGAGGGUUUACAUCUCAAAGCUUUGACAAAUUUAAGUCAGUAUAAUUCAAUAUUUCAAGUGAAAUCUUUAACUUCAGUUGUGAAACGAUUACUAUUUCGUGUUGAAUCGACAAAUUUAGAUUUGUUACAAACAAGACUUUAUCAAUUGACUUCUGGUUAUAAUUACUUAUUACUUGGUUUACAUUGUUGUGGAGAUUUAAGUCAAUCUAUGAUUGAAUUAUUUCAUCAAGAUUGUUCAGCAAAAAUUCUACUAUUAGUCGGAUGUUGUUAUCAUAAAAUGACAGUGGAAAAGUUUCCUACGAGUGAUUACUUACGUAAAGCGAUGUUAAAUUGUGAUAUGAACUUUAUUGAAAAAUGUAUUACACCAGCUACACUACGUUUAGCCUGUCAACAUUCACCUUUAACAUGGUUAAAUUGGACAGAAUUAGAUGCUAAUAAGCAUCGUAUACGUGUAUUGGCUCGUAUAAUUUUAGAUUUGAUAUUGAUCAAGUAUAAAAACUUGUCUAUGGUAUUUGAACGAUAUAAACGACUUGAUCCAGUGACACAAUGUGAUGCAAUAAAGAAAUUAUUAGCUACUAAUUAUCAUGAAAAUGAUGCGAAUGAUAAUCCUCGAUCACUUCACUUCAAUGAUGUGUAUCCACAUAUUAUCAACUUUUGGCAAAAGUACUUAGCAGAUAUUCUAUGUUUCAAUCAGUCGACUAAUAGUGACUUAUGUUUCACGGAAUAUCGUGACUAUUUUGAAGAGAUAUGGAAUCUGAUACCAGGUCUAUUAGCUUUACAGCAAUUAUUUCAACCAUUACUUGAGACAAUUGUACUGUUUGAUCGUUUAUGGUAUCUUAGAGAAUAUGGCAACGUAAAUGGAAAAUAUGAUCAAGUUGAUCCUUAUCAAUAUUCUGGUUAUAUACGUAUUUUUGACCCAGUUUUAUCACCACGUUGUAUGGCAUUGUUAGUGUGUAAAAAAUAGGAGAAUGUAUAGGGAUUUAUGAUGUCCUGUAAGAUGACUUAUUUUAUAUUUACAUUUUAUAAAGUAUAUUAUUUAUAAUUUAUGA